GUGCGUGUGGAGUGGCGGCUCGCAACAUGUGAAUACAUAAUAACUGAACUUCGACUUCUGGACGACAAGCAAGACAGGCAGGACACGAGCCAAGUAUCCGGUAAGACCCAGACCAUGGCUUCGGUUCACAUGGAUAGGCUGAGAGUGCGGACCCACGAGGGCAGCGGCCUCACCAUCCGCAUCCCCCGACAACUGACCGCUGACAGGAGCUCCGCCCACUCGGCCGCCCACCCUUUGGUCUCCCCGGAAACGCACGCCCGCUCCUCCCACGUCGUCAAGUCGAAGAGCUUCUCCACGAGCAUGGACAAGUUCGCCGCCACUCAGGCCCAGCAUCAGCAACAGCAGGGCAGCGGAGGGUCUUCACGGGACUCCUCACGCCCGUGUUCUCGAGGCUCUACGCCGUCCAGUAGCCGCUCCUCCGCGCCCUCACGCCCACCCUCACGCCCACCUUCACGCAGGUCGCACCCCACUCGCUCCUCCCGCUCACCCGACCCAGACUCAGCCGACACUGAUGAGCGAGGAAUUAAGUCCGACUCCCCUUGCGGCAGCGAGGUCUCGCUGCACUCGGCCAAGUCCGCGACCUCCGCCAAGUCGAGUGCCUCGGCCAAGUCCAGCCUGUCGACCAAGUCCAACGCCUCCUCGACCAGGUCCAACCUCUCGGGCCGCUCCAGUGCCUCCACGCGCUCCAGCGCCUCCGCCAAGUCCGACAAAUCCCGGGACGCCGUCAAGUCCCCAGGGGCAUCUCUGAAGAGCGCUGGCCCCUCCAGGACCACUAAGGCCAGGUCACCUGCACCCACCCACGGAGGGUCCACGCCCGCCCACACGCCCACGCGCCGCCGCAGCUCUCUGUCCAACGGCUCGUCCGCCUCCAGCGCUGACACAUCCCAGCACAACGGGAUGGCGAACAGUGAGCAAGUCACUCCAAGGCGGACGACCCCCCCUCGGUACACCCCCCCCAGGAACUCCGGUGCAGGGACCCCAAGCAGCGUGGGCACACCAAGGCACAUGUCGGCUAAGAAACCCUUGCCAGUGUUUAACUCCUACAUGAGUCUUUUCCAAGUUCAGGAGAAACUCAAGAAAGGAGAAGUUAUUGAGGGUGUUUUGAGAAUCAACCCAAAGAAUUACGAAGAUGCGUAUAUCAGCGCACCGGACGGGGGGAUGGACAUCUAUAUUGGCGGGGUACGUGACCGGAACGCUGCUCUGCACGGAGAUGUGGUCGUGGUGGAAAUUAAACCCAUUGACCAGUGGAAGGUGCUUUAUGAUCAAUUAGACCAAUAUUUAGACGACCGUAUUGAUGAAAGAAUUAUUGUAUAUAGUCCGCUGGAGUCCAAUAUAACUGCUUCAGUUGCUGACGCUGCUUCCUCCUAUAACCCCUUAUCUAACAACACUAAUAAACAACAAAGUACUAAGAAGAAAGAGAAAACUAGAAAUGAUUCUGAUAGUGUAUAUGUUGUAGAAAGUUUAGGAAGUAUUAUUCAGUGUGACAGUGAUGUGGUUGUGGAAGAGGAGGAUGAAGAUGAGAGAGAAGAACAAGAAAAGAAUGCUGGUAAUAAGAAGAAAAAGAGGAGGAGGAAAGGAAAGCCAAGUAAAACACAGGAUGCCAGUCAUCCAAAUAAAGUCUGUACAGCUUCUGAAGAUGGCACUCAAGAGAAAACAGAUGAAGAGAGCUGUAAAGAGGACAACCAGGAAUUGGUGAUUGUGCUGCAGACUGAACCAGUCAAGGUUGCUGAUGAGCUUGUCCUCCUGUCAUGCCCAACACUUGAGGAGGCCAAGCAGGUUCCUCAGGAAGAUGACUUUGAUAGUUUCAAGGAAGGAGUGAAGGGUGUUGUAGUUCCUCCAGAUCAACUGAGUGAAUGUGAUUUCACUGAUGAUGAAAGUGGAUGCAGUGAAAUCCUGGACUACAGCCAGAUGAGGGAGGAUCAGAGCUUCAUGCAAGCACAGUGGGAAGCCUACAAGAAGGAAUUUCAUCAGAAGCAAAAGGAAGAAUCACAAGAAGAUCACAAGAAAUCUGAGGCAGAAAAAGAAAAGGAUUCUGGUGUACUGGUUAAGAAGUGUUUUGAAACAUCAGCUUUAAAGCAAGAGAUAGCUCUUGGCUUUCCUGAAGGAUUUGUGAAAGAGGAGAAUAUAGAUGACUGUAAGAAUCUGGAUAGCAAGCCAGAAAUGGUUAUAGGGAAGAAAGUGUCGAGUGCCAAUGAUGUAAAUAUUGUAAAAAAGGAGGAAAAAUGUAUGAAUACUUUUGAAAAGGAUGAAGCAAAAGAAAACACAGAAACCACUCAGGGUGCUUGUGGAAAGCAAAAUAAGAAGAAAAAUAGGAAGAAGAAAAAGAAAAAAGAGACAGUGGAUCAAUUACAGCGUGAGGUUGAAGAGAAGGUCAAAUCUUUAGGACUAGAUGACGUCAGGGGAACAGCAGAAAGUAACAACCAGAUACAAGACUAUCAAAACCAAACCUCAGUAGCUAAAAAUAAAAAGCCCACUGCACCUGUCCAGACGGUCUCUUCACAAGGGGACAAAAACUUUGGAAAGAGGAGGGAUGAAGGUAAACAUCAAGUGAAUGAACAAAAGUGGCCCAAUAAUGCAGUGCAAAAUAAAUAUUUAAGAGGGAGGUCUGGUGGUCAGCAAAGAGUAUCUCAACGAGCAACAGCUGCAGAAGAUCCAGAAAUUAAGAUGGCUGGAAAUAGGCGAAGAAUGUCAGAAAGAGUAGAAAGAACAGAGCCAAAUGUAUUCCAGAUUCAACGCUUAUCCAACUGGGAGUCAUUUGUCCAACGAACUGCACAUGUUAUCCAUAUUUUAGAGAUGAAACACACUCGAGCUGCAACAGGUAUCUUAAAGUUGUUUACUGAUAAGAACCCAAACUAUGCUCUUUUCUCACCAACUGACAACCGAGUCCCACGGAUGAAAAUACCAAUGUUCCAUUGUCCUCCAGACUUCAUGGCAAGAAACCAGGACUACCUGGCCAGAAUAUUCUUAGCAAGGAUAACUCAGUGGAAAGAACCAAAAUUUGCCCUAGGAGAACUUGUGCGAGAUGUGGGAGCUGUUGGAGACAUUGAAGCUGAGACUGAAGCUUUCUUACAGGAAUAUGGCAUUGAUCACAGAGAAUUUCCUGAGGAGGUCACGAAACACUUGCCACAGUUGCCAUGGUCUAUUCCUGCUGAGGAGAUAGCUGCUCGGACAGACUUACGAAAUCAAUGCAUCUUCACCAUCGACCCUUCAACAGCAAGGGACCUUGAUGAUGCUGUAUCAUGUGUUCCUCUAGAGAAUGGGAACUUCCGAGUGGGAGUCCACAUUGCAGAUGUUAGUUACUUCAUCCCAGAACAAUCAUCGUUGGACAUAAUGGCGUCGCAAAGAGCCACAAGUAUCUACCUCACUGAGAAAGUGAUCCCUAUGUUGCCGGAGGUCUUGUGUCAAAACCUCUGCUCACUGAACCCAGGUGAAGACCGCCUGGCAGUUUCAGUGAUAUGGGAACUUACACCAGAUGGCAAGAUUUUAGGGGAAUGGUUUGGUCGCACUGUCAUCCAUUCAUGUGUUAAGUUGGCUUAUGAACAUGCGCAAAGUAUGAUUGAGGAGCCACAUCGACAGUGGACCAAGGAGGAGAUUCCAGAGGUAUUUUGUGGCUAUUCAACCAGGGACAUCAGCAAAGUAGUUAACAACUUACAGUCAUUAGCUGUGAAGUUGAGAGAAAGAAGGUUCAAGAAUGGUGCCCUACGUUUAGAUCAAGUGAAGAUUUCUUUUAAUCUUGAUUGGGAAACAAAAAUGCCCAAUGGCUUUUAUACACAGGAAUUAAAGGAGAGUAAUAGACUCAUAGAAGAGUUUAUGUUGCUCGCAAAUAUCACAGUUGCUCACAAGACUUAUGAAGUCUUUCCUGAUGUAGCAUUGUUGAGACGUCAUCCACCUCCAAUUUCAAAUCCCAUGAAGAAUGUGGUUGACAGUCUUGCAGCAAUGGGUAUUAUCUUGGACCCUACAUCUUCAGGAUCUCUGUUCGACUCGAUUAAUAAGUAUGUUGGAAAGGAUAAGUAUAGUACUGCACGGCUACAAGUUAUAACAUCUAUGUGCAGUAAACCAAUGCAGUUUGCAAGAUAUUUUUGCACUGGGGUGCUUGGUGAUGAAAGACUCUUUCAUCAUUAUGCUCUGAAUGUUCCCCUUUACACACAUUUUACAUCUCCUAUCCGUCGGUAUGCAGAUUUGAUUGUUCACCGUUUGCUGGCAGCUGUAAUUGAUCCAGCUAGGUGCCGAAAACCAGAAAUAGCCAUGAAAGCCGUAAACAAGAAAGCUGAGCAUUGCAAUGACAGGAAACAGACUGCAAAGACUUUGCAGGAAAUAAGUAGUGAAUUGUACAUGGCCCUUUUCAUCAAACGGGCUGGAGAGAUGGUGGAGGAAGGCAUGGUGAUGGCUAUUUUAGAUCAUAGCUUUGAUGUUUUGGUAUUAAACAUUGGAAUGGUAAAGAGAGUUUACACAGACAAGCUUCCACUUCUGAACAUAAAACAUGUCAAGUCAAAAGGAAAAAGUUCAUUAACCUUGUACUGGGGAGCAGAUGAACAUGGGAAGACGACGGAGCAAAAACUUACUCUGUUUAGCUUAGUCACAGUCACCCUUACGCCUGUUGACAGUAAUGCACUUAAGUUCAAUGCGGUUUUAGUAAGACCAUCCUAGUGGUAAUUUUACAUUGGCAUAGGGUCAUGUUCUAAGGUUUUAUUUUUUAUUAGAUUUAUAAUUGCUCUUGGUUUAAAAGAUUUCAGAGGCAGUUUUAUAGUGAGGACUAAACAUUUUGUAAUAGUUUUCAACUUGUUUGGAUAGAUCUGUUUUGGAAAUUUAGAUAUAGGAAUGCUUUUAUACAUUUCACACAAGGAUUUUGUAUUGUUGAUAUAAGUUUUAGCAUCUUGUGCUGUUAUUCAACAACGGGUGUAAAAUGAAUUCAUGCCCUCCCCAUGUAAACAAAGUACCUGAAGGCAGAUUCAUGUGCUGCUUAAAAACUAAGCACUUAUUUAAAAUGGUCGCAAUGUUUGGCAUGAAUGUUCGGUAUAAUUGGGGUUUGGUUUUGAUUUUAUAGCAAAUGAUUCGUCAGGUGAUAUGCACUCCCACACCCUGUAUGGGUAUCUGUUGUUAGCACAAGAUAUGAUGUUUUAAUAUGGCAGAGGUAGAUAGGGAAAGAAUAAGAGUUUAAUAUAAACUGUUUUACAUUUUAGGAGCUCUACUACUUCUAACUACUGUAUAACACAUCAACCUUUUAGUGUCAAGACAAUAUACUCUGCUUUUAGCUCUUGUCAGAAGGUACUUGCCGACCUCAGGUUGUGUUGAGGAAAAGAAUAUAUAUUAUAUAUUUUGCAUUUACCUCUUGUUAUUUAGUACAGCUAUGGAAAGUGGCUGUGCUGUAUGUGUUAACAGCAUUAUAGAAAUAUUUUCGGCAAUAGUUGGAGAAAACCCCCCUUGUAUACCGAUAAAUAUGCUCGUGUCAGUUUCUCAAGGGAUUUUCAUCUUGCAUUGUUAGAAUAUACAGUUAUGCUGGACUCUUUCUUUUCAUUUUUUGUGUUUCCAUAUAACAAAAAAAUGUGAUAUUGCAACCUUUUUAUAAUAAAGUGGUCAUGUC